CCCUCAACGGAAACCUCACCCUCUGCCACCAUGUGUUACAACUAUUAUGGAAAAUCUUACUGGGGCUGUGGAUAUGGCUCUGGCUGUGGCUGUGGAUAUGGCUCUGGUUGUGGCUGUGGAUAUGGCUCUGGUUGUGGCUAUGGAUAUGGCUCUGGCUGUGGAUAUGGUUCCAGAUAUGGCUGUGGCUAUGGCUGUGGAUAUGGUUGUGGAUAUGGCUCUGGCUGUGGCUGUGGCUAUGGCUGUGGAUAUGGUUGUGGAUAUGGCUCUGGCUGUGGCUGUGGCUGUGGCUAUGGCUGUGGAUAUGGUUGUGGAUAUGGCUCUGGCUGUGGCUGUGGCUAUGGCUGUGGAUAUGGUUGUGGAUAUGGCUCUGGCUGUGGCUGUGGCUGUGGCUAUGGCUGUGGAUAUGGUUGUGGAUAUGGCUCUGGCUGUGGCUGUGGCUAUGGCUGUGGAUAUGGUUGUGGAUAUGGCUCUGGCUGUGGCUGUGGCUAUGGUUGCAGAUAUGGCUGUGGCUAUGGAAGUGGCUGCUGUACCUGCCGACCAUUUUGCUACAGAAAAUGCUGUUCUUCUUGCUCCUAGAAUAUUGUAUGCCUCUGAAGAAAUAUUUCAAGAUUAACAUUUCCCCCUAAAAGAUGCUUCAUUUUAUUAUCUCUACAUGCAAGUAAGAAUUGGAUACCACCUGUGUUUACUUCAGAGAACCUGUUAGUGAGGAAUUAUGAAUGUUUCCAUUAUGUUACAUGAAAACAGAAGAUUUGAUUCUGGUUAUGUUCAAAAUGUAAAUUCUUGGUUAUCCUGUUCUAUGGUUUUGUAUUGUCCAUGAGCAUAAAAACUCCAUAUGUGGGAUAAAAGUA